CUGCCUUUUUGCGCCAUGGGUGUGAGCUCUGUUAUCCAUCCAAAGAACCCUCAUGUUCCAACCAUGCACUUCAACUACAGAUACUUUGAAAUUGAGGAAGCAGAUGGAACUAAACAGUGGUGGUUUGGUGGUGGGACUGAUCUCACCCCAACGUACUUGAAUGAAGAGGAUGCCGUUCAUUUUCACAAGACUUUGAAAGAAGCCUGUGACAAGCAUGAUCUGAAGCUGUAUCCCAAGUACAAGAAAUGGUGUGAUGACUACUUCUAUAUCAAGCACCGUGGCGAGCGAAGAGGGAUUGGAGGCAUAUUCUUUGACGAUGUGGAUUCUCCUUCCAAGGAGGAAGUAUUCCAGUUUGUGAAGAGCUGUGCCAAAGCUGUUGUGCCCUGUUACGUUCCCAUUGUGAAAAGGCAUUGCCAUGACUCCUUCACGCCAGAGGAAAAGCUAUGGCAGCAGCUCCGGAGAGGACGGUACGUAGAAUUCAACUUGGUUUACGACAGAGGUACCAAGUUUGGCCUCCUGACACCAGGAUCAAGAAUCGAAAGUAUUCUUAUGUCUCUGCCAUUGACUGCAAGGUGGGAGUACAUGCACACCCCUCCAGAGAGCUCAAAAGAAGCAGAAAUCCUGGAGGUUCUGCGCAAUCCCAAAGACUGGGUGCACUGACGCCGAUCGUGGACAAGAUGGAUUGCUUACACUGAGCCAUUAUGAAAGAACACAAACACCUGCAAACCAGCUCCUUCGGACUGCUGUUGCAUGGUGGUUUAGUACACCUAUUUAUAUUCUUACCUGGUGCCUUAAUAAUGCUGUAGACUUGUUAUAACUUGCAAAUAUGUGAAAUUAGUCUUUAAGUUGGAUCAAAUAAUGUUAUCACCCUCUGUUAAUUUUGCCUUGUGAAGGACUGGCAGUACCGUCUCAGGACUACUGUGUAUGCUUGAGAACUUCCUCAACUGAUUUGUUUGACUGCAAAUUGGCAAACUAUGUGAAGUAUUCUCCCAGUGGAAUGAAAGCAUUAUUGUGCCUAAAUAGCACUGCUUACCCUUAGAAAAUGUUGGGAUGUUUCAGAAAUAUUUUUCAAAGAAUAAAGGGAAUAUUUGGUAUGAUUUUAAACCUUC